AUGAAUGCGCCGCAAUUACCCCAGUGCGAUAGCCGGGACGAGCCUGUCAAUGAGAACACAACACCUUCGAACCACAGUUCCUCUCAUGCGGCCAGAGACUCCAGUCCGAGCUCAGAGGGCGAGCGACCCCCUUUGCCACCGAGGCCGAAUACUCUAAGCUUGCUUAACGACGAAUCGGCAUCCCGAGCAACUCUACAAGCGGGGCCUACAACGGCCAUUUCUCGAACAGAUAUUGAUACACAAACGAAUGAGGUCGCAGGGAGUGCAUACCCAUCGCUAGCCAUCCGUGGACUAUCUCAGGGCUUGAAAGCGAAAGCGAGCCUCGGUCACUUGACCAGUUCGCGGGGAAGUGAAGCUGGCGACACAUCCAGUAUUCGGAGCUCCGUUCAGAAUGGCGAUGUGGGAGAUGUGGAUGCCUUAUUCAAGGACUUUGUGGCUUCGGCUCCUGAAGGGAAUUUAGAAUCCAAAGUGCUCCUUCAUUUUCCUGAGUUUCCAGCCGACAAUUUAGACGAUGAUGAGUUCUUAACUGAAUUCGAUCCUGUCGGUGAGAUUGACGAAAAUGCUGGCAACGAAGACCUUCUUCUCGAGCGCUUCAAGGCUAAGCAAAAACACUAUUUGAUUCUAUCUGCCGCCGGCAAGCCAAUUUGGACACGCCACGGGGAUGGUGGUUUAAUAUCCACCUACGUUGGAAUCAUUCAAACCAUUAUCUCCUUCUAUGAAGAAUCGGAUGAUCAACUCAAGAGCUUCUCUGCUGGGGAUACGAAAUUCGUCAUUGUGACCCAUGGGCCAUUGCACCUUGUCGCAAUCAGUCGAAUGAUGGAGAGCGAAACCCAACUCCGACUUCAACUUGAAGCGCUGUACAUGCAGAUAUUGUCAACUCUCACGCUACCAUCUCUUUCUCAUCUAUUCUCCAUCCGACCAUCUACCGAUCUCAAGAGGCCACUGCAAGGAUCCGAAACUCUCCUCUCCUCACUGGCUGAUAGUUUUACGCGUGGCUCACCAUCUACUUUGUUGUCAGCGUUAGAAUGCUUGAAGAUCCGGAAACAACAUCGCCAGUUAAUUAACAACGCUCUUUUGAAGACGAAGGCUAACAAUUUGCUCUAUGGCUUGGUUGUCGCCGGCGGACGGCUUGUCAGUGUUGUGAGGCCGAAGAAGCACUCGCUACACCCUGGAGAUCUUCAACUUCUUUUCAACAUGGUCUUCGAAGCUGAUGGAGUCAAGGCUGGUGGUGGAGAGAGCUGGAUCCCCAUAUGUCUACCCGGCUUCAACAGCAGCGGCUACUUAUAUAUGUAUGUCAGCUUUCUCGAUCUUCGAGGUGACGUCGAUGGAAACGAGGAUAUCUCCAAAGAUGAAUCCGUGGCUAUUGUUCUGAUUAGCCCCGACAAAGAGAGCUUCUUCGAGAUGCAAGGGAUGCGGGAUGCCUUUGUUGAACAAAUGGAGAAGAAUGGUAGUCUGAAGGUAAUAAGAGCUGCAAUUGAUCAAGGCCGGCCAGCAACAACAGAUAUCGUGCCAGGCAGUGUUCUGCAUCAUUUCUUAUACAAAUCAAGGGGAAACGUACAAUUCACCAUGUCCUCCUUUGCUCCUACUUUCGAUUCGAUUGCUCGGCGUCGAAGAUUGAUGUCCAUUUAUAAUAAUCUGCAUGCAAGCAUUCAUGCCAAAAAUACGCAUGUGAAGGUUCACCAUUGCGUGUCAAGGUCAGCGAGCUCAUUCGCAUGGGUGACCCCAGUAUUCGAGCUCUACUGUGUGGCUGAGCCAAAUGCAAACCGCAAUGCAUUAGUCCAGAGCGCAACCAAGAUUGCCCAGUGGAUACAGCAAGAAGAGGAGAGACUCUUCAUCAUUGGCGGUGCGGUCUUUUGA